AUGUUUCAGGCGCAGAAUCUGAUCGUGAGUCUACAGUCUGGACAAGCCCAAGGAACUACUAUUGGUACACCAAGUGGCAAAACAUUUUACGCUUGGAGAGGUAUACCAUUUGCCAAACCUCCAUUAGGAGAUUUAAGAUUUAAGCACCCAGAACGUCCAGAACCCUGGGAUGGAGUAUUAGAUGCUACAAAAGAUUCAAAGGCCUGUUUAAAUGAAAGUUAUUUUGAUACCGACCCAAAACCAACUUAUGGUUUCAGUGAAGAUUGUCUGUACGUGAAUGUGUAUGCUCCAAUAGAACCAAAUUCUAAUGCUCGUUUGCCAGUAAUGUUUUUCAUUUAUGGGGGUGGAUAUUUUUCUGGUAGCUCUAGCUUUAAUAUUUACGACCCAACUGCAUUUCUGGAAGAAGGCGUCAUUGUAGUAACCUUUAACUACAGACUGACAAUAUUUGGAUUUCUCUCGACAGAAGACCAAGUCUUGCCUGGAAAUAAUGGUCUUAAAGAUCAAUGGCUAGCUUUGCUUUGGACAAAAGAAAAUAUCCAUCAGUUUGGUGGUAAUCCACAGGAUAUAACGCUAAUUGGAGAGAGUGUGGGCGCAGCUUCAGUUGGUUACCAUAUUCUUAGUCCAAUGUCCAAAGAUUUAUUUGGUGCCGCUAUAAUGGAAAGUGGAAGCAGUCUUCUUUCUUUAGUGCAGUACAAUGCUCGUCAAAAUGCUUUCGAUGUUGCCAGGAAGGUUGAUUCCUCAAUUAGUGAAUCUAGUUCAUCAAAAGAUGUCCUGAAAACUCUUCAAGUAACAGAUGCCGGUUCGUUAGUCAAUGUAACAAGCAAAUUGGGAAUUACUUUUGCACCAAUUUUGGAAGUGAGCAGUCCGUAUCCUUUUCUAACUAAACCAUGUUACGAGUCACUUGAAUCAGGCAAUUUUCAUCAGGUACCGACAUUGAUUGGGACGAACUCUGAAGAGGAAAUUAUUAUAUUUCCAAGCAGUGAAGAAGCUCAAGCGAUGGCAGCCUACUACGACUCAAACUACACUCUUUUGCUACCCAAAAAUUUGCAACUUAAAGAAAGCGUCAAUGUGGAUACUCUAGUGCAAGAGAUUAAACAGAAAUACGUUGGUAAUGGUACUUUUGCUGAAGAUUACGGAGCUAUUGUUAGGUGGGGAACUGAUGAUGUUUAUGAAAGAUCGACCUUCAAACAUGCAUUGCUCCAAUCUAAGUACAGCCCUGUCUAUUUUUAUGUAUUUUCGUUUGACGGUACCGUCAGCCAGGCACAUCCUGUUAUUCCAGGAUGCGGAAGAGUUGCUCAUAGCGACGAGCUUGCUUAUUUAUUCAACAUAAGCACAAAACCGCUUGAAACAGAUGCAGACUUUUUAACUAGACAAAGAACUGUUAAAUUAUGGACAAAUUUUGCUAAAUUUAGAAAUCCCACACCGGACGAAUCUAGCGAAUUAUUACAAAACGUUAAAUGGGAACCGCUUAACGACCAACACCGAUAUCUCGAUAUUGGAGAAAACUUGGAGCUCAAAUAUCACUUCAAAUCUGACUUACCAGCCUUUUGGGACUAUGUUUGGGGGUCUUACGUUUCUCGUCCCUAUAACACGUUUUAAUUACUCUACUUUAUUCUACAAACAGAAUGACAGUAACAAUAAAAAAUAGCUAUUUAUACAAUAA